AUGACCGAGUCGAUAUCGAAACGCGGACGGCAGGCUGAGCCCGAUGCUUCCCAAGAAGGGCCCGCGCCCAAGAAACAGUCAACACGCAAACGGGCCCCCUUGGCUUGCGAAGAGUGCAGGACUCGCAAGAGACGCUGUGAUGGGGCUGUUCCCAUUUGCGGAGGUUGUACCAAGCGUUUGUCUACUUGUGUCUACCAGGCCGAAGUCCAGGAGAAGGCAUGGCACGACAAGAUGCCAAAAACCAGAGGAUUGUUGACGAGCCAACCCACACAGCUCGAGUGCGAAAUGCGUCUCAGGGUCUGGUAUGGCUGCGUCCUGCUAGACCGCGAGAUUUCCAUGUCCUUCGGGCGACCAUUGAUGAUUACCAACGCCAGCAACGACAAACUGCAAUUACCUCAUGCGAUUGAUGACGAGUAUCUCUCUGACAAACCUGGCGCCGAGAGGGGUACUCAACCGCCGGGUCAACAGAGCAUGCUGGAGUCGUACAUCCAGACAAUCAAGCUCUACGACAUUCUGGGGCAAGUCUUGGAUAGGGAAGAGUGGAGGGACGGGUCGGCAUUUGCUAGGGUGGCUCCCGCAGACUUGGGAAGUGUGCCGGAUAACGUGGCUGCAAACACGCAGUCCAUGCUUGACCUAGACACCCUGAUCAUGGAAUGGAUGGAUUCACUUCCCGAGUACCUUCGCUAUGAGCCUUCCCCAGAAAACGAUCGCCGUCAAGACGGUGCUGGAGAUCUGACUCCAGAAAACGAGAUCCCCCCAACCGACUUCACCGCGCAAGCGAAGCGACUUCAUGCAAGAUUCCAUCAUGUCCGCGUUCUCAUACUACGUCCGGCGUUGGAGCAGCUUUUUUGCAAGCAGCGCCGUUCCCAACAGUCUCAGCAGCUUCCGAAGCCAUCCAGGAUAAAGGUUGCCGUUGUGCAAGACCUGAUGCAGUCCGAGAUUGCUGCCCAGUGCGUUCUAUCGGCCGACAGUCUGGUUCGCUGCCUGGCCACUCACAUUCACUCGCAGAGUCUAACGGCAUGGUGGUAUAACAUUGGAUACCUUCACACAGCUGGCAGCACACUUUUAAUGGGACAACUUUGUUCCUUUGGCGGCUCUGCUGUCAGGCCUGAUUCAUUGUCUGCCAGCUGGAAGCUUUGUCUUGAAUGCAUAUCACGCUACACUGGGGUUAGCAGCAUCGCAAACAAGUCAUACCAUCUUUUGAAAGAUAGUGCGAAACACUUGCUAUCAGGGGACAACGUGAGUAGGCAGUAUGGAUCAUUGACUGGGUAUGCUAAAGCCCAACAGGAUCAAGAUUCGGACUCAACGUCACAAAACUACAGGCAGCCAACCCCGUCUCUGAGGCAUUCCGUUUCCCUGGCUAUGGAUUGCUCCGCAGCCAGCACAGACAAUCAGAUGCCAAUGGAUGUCUUGGACCCCUCCGAGACAUGCCUGGCUGCAUGGGAACCCACGGGGGCGGCGGUCGGGAGCAAUUUGCCCCAGAGCCUCAACAGUGACGCAUGGACUGCAACCGACCCGUCAGGAAGCGCAUAUUGGCCAUUUGUGCCAUUUUUCUCUCAGCUCGAAUCGUUGCCGUCGGAUUUUGACCUUUCGGCUCUAGAUACAUGA